AGAGCACUUUGUGUGUCGUGGAUUGUUGGAAUCAUGAACUGCUUGGGAAGUGUCCUUCUCUUCUGGACAGUCGUUUUGUGGGGAGAAGGGAAAGAUGCCCCUCUGGGGAAUCCCCCUGAAGUUGGAUUUCAAAAAUGCAAGAAAUCCUUGAACGUCUCAGUUCUGGAAGUAUUACCUGGUGGGGGCUGGGAUAAUCUGAGGAAUGUGGACAUGGGGAGGGUGCUGCAAUUGCAAUACAACAAUUGUCGGACCACAGAAGAUGGACAGUACAUCAUCCCAGAUGAAAUCCUGACAAUUCCCCAGAAGCAGAGUAACUUGGAGCUGAAUUCUGAAAUCAUUGAAUCCUGGGUGAAUUACCAAAGUACCACCUCCUCCUCCAUCAACACAGAGGUCUCCCUCUUCUCCAUGGCCAAUGGCAAGUUCUCCACUGAAUUCCAGAGAAUGAAGACCCAUCAGGUGAAGGAACAAGCUGUUACCACCAGGGUCCAGGUGAGAAACUUGGUCUAUACAGCCAAAGUCAAUCCUAUUUCACUAUUAAGCAAGGGGUUCAAAAAAGAGCUCAUGGAUAUCUCUAACCGACUGGAGAAUAACCAGACUCGAAUGGCUAACUUCAUGGCAGAACUCCUGGUCCUCAGCUAUGGAACUCAUGUCAUCACCAGUGUGGAUGCUGGGGCCAUCUUAGUACAGGAGGAUCAGAUCAAAGCUUCCUUCUUAGAUGACAGCCAGGCUACCCGCACCAGCAUCACUGCAUCAGCUGGUGCAGCAUUCCAUAAUAUUAUCAGUUUCAAAAUAGAAGAUAGCCAUACCUCCCAGGAUGUUUUCCACAAGAACUACCUAUCCAACCGAACCAACUCCAGGGUGGCGAGCAUUGGUGGAGUCCCUUUUUACCCAGGCAUCACCCUUGAGGGCUGGCAAAAGGGCACCACCAACCACUUGGUAGCAAUAGACCGUUCUGGCUUGCCCUUGUACUUCUUCAUCAACUCUGACACUUUGCCCGAUUUGCCAGCCCCCUUGGUGAAGAAGCUAUCCAAAACCGUGGAAGCUACAGUAAGGCGUUAUUAUACCUUUAACACCUACCCUGGUUGCAUCGACAGAGAUUCCCCCAACUUCAAUUUCCAAGCCAAUAUGGAUGAUGGGUCAUGUGAGGGGAAAAUGACCAACUUCACCUUUGGGGGAGUUUACCAGGAGUGUACCCAGAUCUCAGGGACGGAAGCCAUGCUUCUGUGCCCAGAACUAGAGCAGAAAAAUCCACUCACUGGAGGAUUCUCCUGCCCAGAAAAUUACUCCCCAGUCCUAUUACAUUCCCAUUUUAGAGAAGAAGGCUACAACCUCCUGGAAUGCCACCGAAAGUGCAAAAUGUGGGUUUUCUGCAAGAAAGAAUGUGAAGAUGUGUUCCGAGUGGCCAAGGCUGAAUUCAGAGGUUUCUGGUGUGUGGCAAGUGGCCAGGUCCCUGAUAAUUCAGGCUUUCUUUUUGGCGGUCUCUUUAGUGGCAAGACUGUCAACCCUGUGACCAAUGCCCAGUCAUGCCCAGCUGGCUAUUUGCCACUGAGACUCUUGGAUGGUCUCCAUGUUUGCACCAGUCAAGACUAUGAGCUGGGCUACAGGUACUCUGUGCCUUUUGGUGGUUUCUUCAGCUGUGAUAUGGGGAACCCUUUGGUGAACUCAGCCCAACAUAGGAAUCAAGGUGGACCUUACCUGAAAAAGUGCCCAGCAGGUUUCAGUCAACACCUGGCUCUGAUUAGCGAUGGCUGCCAAGUAUCCUACUGUGUCAAAGCAGGGCUCUUUAAUGGGGGCUCCCUGCCUCCUGCAAGGCUGCCUCCCUUCUCCCGGCCACCUCUCAUGAGUCAGGCAGCUACCAAUACGGUGAUGGUUAUCAACAGUGAGAGCGAGAAGUCCUGGAUCAAGGAUUCUCGCACCCAUCUCUGGAAGUUGGCAGAUCCUUCUGAGGUCCGAAGAACCAUAAAUCUCAUCCAUGGAUCUGACAGUGGUUUAUCUGGUGGGGCCACAGCUGGAGUCACAGCUGGUGUGACUGUUGUCUUGGCAGCCCUGAUCAUCUUGGCCAUCUAUGGUACUCGUAGGUACAAGAAACGGGAGUAUGAGGAAAUAGGAGAAGAGAGCAAAAGUUUGAUGGAGGCUACUGCUGAAUAUAGGGUAUCAGAAGAAGUGGGGGGCACAAGUGAGCUAAGUCAGGAGCAAUGUCCCUCAUUAGUUUAAAUAUCUUCCUGGGAAUCAUUUGACCUAAUCACUGUCUAGAACUCUAAAUUUCUUCUCUACCCUGACUGCUCCUUUCCCCUUCUAGUUUAUUCGCUGCUCUUUCUGUCUCAGAAAUGAAGAAUGCAAAUAGUCAAUAUGCCUGGGGGCCUUCUCUUCCCUAUUUGGGGAUCGAGGAAAAGGUGGUAAUCUUCAUGGGCCUCAGUUUCCUCCUUGUUGAGAUGGAAAGGGGAGGGUUGGACUACAAUACCAUGUAGGUUCUAAUUUUCUAAGGUCCCUUCGAAUGCUAUGAGUAACAUUUUAUGUUCUAAGUCUUUUAGCUCAAAUAAAGAACACAGAUGGGGAAAGAAUCUUA